GCAGAGCUACAGAGAGAGAGAGAGAAGCAGAAAGAGGACGAGAGGCAGAGUGAAAUCCUCUCUUGCAGGCAUUCAGGUUUCUGUCGCAGAUGGGGACAGGCAGAGUAGCAGGAUACCACCAGUACCUUAUCGAGGGACAGCAUCACCACAUACACAUCCUGCACACACAAAAACACACCACAACACUCCAUAGGAGAAGCUGGUGAAGCUCGGAGGGGGAAACAAGCAUCUCUUCUCUGUGGUGUGGAGAGCUAGAAGACUGGUCUAGAGCCUCUGCUACACCACCACACCGUGCAGGAGCCUCAUCCAGCUCCCCAGGAUCCUCUAGCAGCAACAACCCUCAUACAUAGCUCUACUUCGAUAGUACAGCUUUCUCCAUCCGACCAUCCGAUAGCUCUCCACUCCACCUCUAAAGCUCUCUCCAUCCGACGAGCUCUCUCUCUGAAAUUUCUCUGUCAGCUCUCUCUCAACCGCUACCAUGAAUUUCCUGCGUCGCCGGUUGUCUGACAGCAGCUUUAUAGCUAAUCUUCCUAACGGCUACAUGACAGACCUCCAGAGAUCUGACCCUCCACCGCCUCCCCCCUCUACAGCCACCCCAGGAGUCCCAGCCACAUCCCCAGGACAAGUUCCAGCACCAGCCCCCAACGCUGCCCCCCCAGCUCCAGAGUGUGGGCCCCAGCCUGUCCAGGCUGCCCCAUCCCCGGCCCCUUCUUCAGGCUCUGGGUUCUUCAGCUCCCUGACCUCCCUGAGUUCCAUCACUAAUGUGGUAAAACAAACAGCAGUGUCAGCUGGCUUGGUGGAUCAGAACCCAGCACCCGGGCCUGGUCAUGUCUCCAUGAGAUUUAAGAUACUGCUGGUCAUCGACGAGCAGCAGUACGUGUGGUCCAGACUGUUCAGAGGGAAGAAGAUCCAAGGAGACUAUGACAUCAAAGUGGAACAGGCGGCGUUCUCAGAGAUCAACCUGGUAUCCCAUGCCAACGGGUCGUGUAACGUGGACAUACAGUUGAUCAGGAACGGAACCACAGUGGUGAGGUCCAUUAAACCUGACUUUGUCUUGAUGAGGCAGCAUGCCUAUAGCAUGGCCCACAAUGAGGAUUUCAGGAACAUGAUCAUCGGCCUGCAGUACGCAGGAGUCCCCAGCAUCAACUCACUGGAAUCCAUCUACAGCCUCUGUGACAAGCCCUGGGCGUUUGCCCAGCUGAUCGCCACCUGUAAGAAACUAGGCCCUGACAAGUUCCCUCUGAUCGACCAGACCUUCUACCCAAACCACAAGGACAUG